CAGUCGCCUCAGCUGCAGGAGGCACAGAGAUGACCCACAAAUAGAAAGCAGCCGCAGACCCAGCCAUACGCAGCAGAAAACUCAUGUCUCUUUAAGUCAAUAGGAUGGGUCUAUCAUAUUUAUAAGCAUCACGUGCGACGUUUAUUAGUGCACCCUAAAGGCCUAACCACGCAAGCACGCAACUUGUGUUUCACUCAAUUUGAUUCAAUUGCGUCCUGGAAGAUAUACGGUACCUUAGAUUUCUCACUAUGGUGUGGACCUUUCCCAAGCAAGACAUACUCGCUUUUUGUCUGAUUCUCGUGGCAUCAGUGCUCCUUUCUUCUCGAGCUGACAGUGAAGAAUACGGACAGGAAGCAUGUGGCGGCAAUUCCUUGAAGUGCAACCAAGUCGUAUCCUACACGACCACAACUACAAUGCAGAAAAAAGUAUCUUACACAGAAAAGUACUCGACUCAAUGCGGGGACAUCUGGCAAUGGUAUUCUUGUGAAAAAGAAAGGACGAUCUACAAGUAUGAGACUGUUGACAAGAACGUCACAAGAUACAAGAUUCAAUGCAGAGACUGCAACAUUAGUGGAAGCGGCAGUGGUAGUGGCAGUGGCAGUGGUAGUGACAGUGGUCUGAAAGAUCUAGACACAUGUGUAUCAAAUCCAUGCAAAAACAAUGGGACAUGUAGCAACUCAAUGGACACUUAUGCAUGUGCUUGUAUUGCUGGCUAUACUGGUCAAAAUUGUGAAGGAGACAUGGAUGAGUCCAGUUCAUAUCCAUGCCAGAACAAUGGGGCAUGUAGUGACUUGUUCAAUUGUUAUCCGUGUAUUUGUAUAGCUGCAUAUACUGGUGAUCAAUGUGAAACAGAGUUAGAUGAGUGCACUUCAUAUCCAUGCCAUCACAAUGGGACAUGUAGUGACAUGAUCAAUGGUUAUUCGUGUGCUUGUAUGGCUGGGUAUAGUGGUGAAAACUGCGGAACAGACAUAGAUGAGUGCGCUUCAUAUCCAUGUCAUAAUCAAGGAACUUGUAGUGAUAUGGUAGCUGGAUACAUAUGCCAGUGUUUUAAAGGGUAUACAGGGAUGAAGUGUGAGAAACGAUUGGAUGACUGCAAUUUGAAUCGUUUAUACUCUUUUGGCUUAAGUGAAGGAAGCAAGUCACUGUAUCGUUAUCAUGAUGGUGUGUCUUUUCCUAUUUCAAUAGAAGUAGGAUUUCCUUUUUUUGAAAAUGUGUAUUCUACUGCUUACGUUGGAACCAAUGGAAUUGUUUCUUUUGGGAGACCAUUCUACUUUUGGUGGCCUCGUUAUUUUCCUGGACACAGGUGGAUAAGACGACAAAGUGUAGUUGCACCAUUCUGGGCUGAUAUUGAUAUUCGGAAUGAAGGCAAUGUCUGGUAUAAUGUUUAUACAAAUAAAGAUGACUCUGCUGUCAAGAUGGCCAAUAGUGAUAUUCGAACACUCUUAAAAGAUUAUGAAUCAUUUGAAGCUCAAUGGGUUCUUGUUUCCACAUGGGACAAAGUUCCUAAUUAUCCUGAUGGUUGUAAUUCAUACUACUACUGGUGGUGGUGUUACAGAGAUCAGUACACAGGUUUGAGAAAUACAUUUCAGGCUGUGUUGGCCACUGAUGGUCUUAGCUCGUUUGCAAUAUUUAACUACAAUUGCCAUGAUUUGCAAUGGUCUGGGAGAUGGUCAAAAGGUGUUGUUGGGUACAAUUCUGAAGGAGGGACAUACUAUGAGAAUCACAGACUGUCCCAAUAUGAUCAGGUGACAAUGAUUGAUCAUGACGUUUCAGCAUCAAAUGUAGGCAAACAAGGGAAACUUGUCUACGCUUUGCACCUUGACCCUUCAAUUAUUGCAGUAGCUAGACGCAAUUGCUUAGUGUGGUUUGAAGAGGAUCAAGCAAGAGACGAUUUGUCUUGGACUGCAGAUCUUGACCCUUGUCCUUGUAGUUGGUGGCAAGCUUGGUGGGACAGACGGUUUAGAUUUGAUUGGUUCUCUUUCUGUGCUUACUCAACUUUCCCAUCAGACAGUGGCAGCAGACAACAGUGCUGCUAUUCAACAGAUUGGUUUUCAUGGGGUGGUCUUUUGGUUGGACCUCGUUAUGGAGGCUCGGCACAACGAUACGAUCCAUCAAUAUAUUAUUCAUUACAUUACCAGCUUGAUGAUAAGCCACGUAGAGAUUGUUGCCGUGUUGGCAAUUUAUGCCAUUUGUACUACCAGAGAAGACCAUCUCAUGACUGCACAGGUUAUGUACCACAAAGGAGAGCCUGGUUCUGGGGCGACCCGCACAUUACCACACUGGAUGGUAAACAGUAUACUUUCAAUGGUUGGGGAGAAUACAUCACCAUGAAAACUGUCAAUGACACUUUUGUACUAAUGGGACGAACAAAGCCUGCUAAUGGAUCGAGUGCGACUGUAUUCUCAGCGUUUUCUAUGGCCGAGUUUUAUCCUUCUAGUGGAUUUGAAAAUCAAACUGCAAAGUCAGAUAUUGUACAUGUGGAGCUCUCUGACAACAACUCGUUAGUUGUCAAGUAUCGCUCUGUGGCAUCUAACAACCGGUCAGAUUGGCAAGACAUCAGCAGCAAUGUUACAGAACUAGACAAUUCAACUAGUUUAGAUCUUCACAUGGUGUCAAUUUCCAGACCGACAACAAAAUCUCUUACAUCAACGUUCCCACUUGGUAUAUCAGUGACUGUAGAAGCAAAAAAGGGAUUGUUGUCUGUAGUGUUUGCUGGCCCUGAUCAGCAGCGUGGUGAAACUCGAGGACUGUUGGGAGUUUGGAAUGGAAACAAGGAAGAUGACUUUGUAUUUAGAGAUGGAACCAUUCUUUCUGCUAAUGCUACAGACAGAGAAAUACAUCGGUUUGGACAAGACUGGCAAGUAACCUUACAGGAGAGUUUAUUUUACUACAAGAUGGGUGAAAAUGUGUCAACUUUUUCAUAUCCUGAUCAUUUGCCAGUUUUCUCAGAUGAGAUUCCUACCAGCACUUUUACACAGGAACAAAUUGAUCUUUGUGGUGUUGGCAAUACAGCAUGUCUCUAUGACUUCCUACAGACAGGAGAUCCUGAUAUUGCGGGAGAGACCAAGCAGACAGAUGAGGAAAACAAAGCUCUUUCUCAGAAUUUAGUGAACAACCCUCCAAAGAUGUUUGGGAAUGCAACAUUUCGUGUUCAUAUCAACACUUCUGCCACUUAUUUGUUUACUGUAUCUGAUCCAAAUGAUACAUAUGUUGUAAAUCUCAGAGGAAGUCUACCUUCUCCUUCUGACUAUUCUUUAUCUCGCAAUGGGGAUGCAUACAACUUUACUUGGACACCAACAUCUUUGUCUCCUGUUCAGCUCCUCUUUAUUGCAAAUGACUCACUUGAAUCAACAACUAUUCUUCAUCCAGAGGUUCGCAUCUGUGGCUGUGCACUCAACUUGAAUGCUACUUGCAUUGAAUCAAGUAAGGAUGGUGGAGACAAUUUGUUUAUCGUACAAGACUGCAAAUGUGGAUCUGGAUGGGAAGGACAGUUCUGUGAUCAGGACAUUGAUGGAUGCGAGGAAAUUAAUUGCUUUGAAGACGUGGAGUGUUAUGACAAUGUUGCACCACUGACUGGUGCCAAAUGUGGACCAUGUCCAAGUGGCACUCAAGUUAGUGAUGGCAAAUGUGUUGAUAUCAAUGAAUGCAAUUCAACAGACAUUCCUAAUGGUGGAUGUGAACAUAAAUGUGUGAAUCAUUUGUUCAGCUUCAAAUGCGAAUGCAACUCUGGUUUUCGUCUGAAUCAAGACAAGAAAUCAUGCUCAGACAUAGACGAAUGUGAAGAGUUAGAUUUUUGUCACCAAACUUGCAACAACACAGAAGGCUCUUUCUUUUGUGGUUGUGAAAGUGGAUUUACACUGAAUAGUGAUGAUAGCAGAACAUGUGAAGCUGACAAUGUUUGUAGCAAACCAAACAGUUGCAUACAAGAUUGUGCUGUAAUUAAAGGUGAAACUGUAUGCUUUUGUAAGCAAGGAUAUCGGGUAGAGAAUUUGGUGAUGUGUGAUGAUAUAGAUGAAUGUUUGGAGAAUAAAAACGAUUGUGAUCAAGUGUGUGUCAAUGACAAUGGCUCAUUCAGUUGCAAGUGUUCUGUAGGAUAUCGCCUUCAACUAGACGGAAAGUCUUGUCAAGACAUUAAUGAAUGUGUCGAAAAUACCCAGUCUUGCAAUAUUACUGGUCAACAGUGUGUAAAUAUGGCAGGAAGCUAUAAGUGUGAGUGUCCUGGUGGCACAAUUCUUGUCAAUAAUAGCUGUCAAGUUGAAUUACCAACUCCUACUGUAGUGACAACGACUAUAUCUUCCACUCAAUUGUCAGGUACUGCAAAAUUACAUUCAAUCACUGCAACUGUUCCCUCAGAUGUGAUCACGCCUGCCACUACACUAGAAUUUGUUGCUAUGAUUGUUGCCAAUAUGACAUUGUCAGAGUUUAAUGCUUCUGAGUCAAACUUUACAAGAGCUGUGGCUGAAGUUCUAUCCAGGUACUGUAGCGACAAUGUUGCAGAAUGUUCACAACAAGCUUUCAGGAGAAAGCGUGCCGCACUAGUUGUAGAUCCAACAGAUGUGAUUAUUGUGAGACCAGUACGUGUGGUGGGAUCUAAUCUUCAGAUUGUGUUUUAUUUUCGAGCACAUAUUUCAGUUGAUACUGCAGUGCAGGCUCUUAACUCAGCAAGAGGGCAGCAACAGUUGAGAUAUUCAGGAUUUACAGUGAUUUCUGUCAUUCGUUCUACUACCAUUACCACCACAUCUGCAGCUCCUACUAAUCGUGAAAGGACUGCUGAUUCUGGACUUAGUACUGGUCAGUUGGCUGGAAUUAUUGCUGCUUGUGGGAGUAUUGCUCUUCUUGUCAUCAUAGCUAUUACACUAUGGUGCUAUAAUGGUAGACUAUCCUCUAGAGCAAAGUCGCCUAAUGUUGAUGUUGAUGUUGAUGACAAUGGUAUGAAGAGUAUGCAACUAGUGACCAAGAAAUUUGACGGAGAUCUUAACAAGGCCACAUCUCAUUCAUCAGUUGGUUGCACUGCUAUAGAGAGUUAUCAUGUGCUGUCAUAUGGAAAUGCUGCAAAUGUUUGCUAUUUCAUACUGCAGAUAUGCAAGGGCAAGGAAACGAAAGCAUUGUUCAGUGAGCUUGGGAUCGACGUGUCACUGAUGUUAUGCUAUCUGGACAUUGCAGUUAGUGGAAGCGGCAGUGGUAGUGGCAGUGGUUUGGAAGACCUAGACACGUGUGUAUCAAAUCCAUGCAGAAACAAUGGGACAUGCCAGAGCAAUGAGACAUGCCAGAACAAUGGGACAUGUAGUGACAUGCUCAACAGUUAUUCAUGUGUUUGUAUGGCUGGCUAUACUGGUAAUCAAUGUGAAGCAGAAAUAGAUGAGUGCAGUUCGUAUCCAUGCGAAAAUAAUGGCACAUGCAGUGACAUGAUCAAUGAUUAUUCGUGUGCUUGUGUCGCUGGUUAUACUGGUGACCAAUGUGGUACAGACUUAGAUGAGUACUUGCAUCUAUGCCGGAAUAAUGGCACAUAUUAUGACAUGAGCAAUGUAUGUGUUUGUAUGGCUGGUUAUACUGGUGAUCAGUGUGAAACAGAAAUAGAUGAGUGUAGUUCAGAUCCAUGUCAUAACAAUGGGACAUGCAGUGACAUGGUCAAUGGUUAUGUGUGUGUUUGUAUGGAUGGUUACACUGGUGAUCAAUGUGAAACAGACAUAGAUGAGUGCAGUUCGUUUCCAUGUCAGAACAACGGAACAUGUAGUGACAUGUUUAAUGGUUAUUCUUGUGUUUGUGUGGCUGGAUAUACUGGUGAUCAAUGUGAAACAGACCUAGAUGAAUGCUGUUCGUUCCCAUGCCAGAACAGUGGGACAUGUAGUGAAAUGGUCAACGGUUAUUCAUGUGUUUGUAUGGCUGGUUAUACUGGUGAUCAAUGUGAAACAGACAUAGAGGAGUGCAGCUCAUAUCCAUGCCAUCACAAUGGAACAUGUAAUGACAUGAUCGAUGGUUAUUCUUGUGCUUGUAUGGCUACAUAUACUGGUGAUCAAUGUGAAACAGACGUAGGUGAGUGCGUUUCAUAUCCAUGCCAAAAUGGUGGCAUGUGCAGUGGCAUAAGCAGCGGCUACGUAUGUACUUGCAUGGAUGGUUACACUGGUGAUCAAUGUGAAACGAACAUAGAUGAGUGCAGUUCAUAUCUAUGCCAGAACAAUGGGACGUGUAGUGACAUGGUCAGUGGUUAUUCGUGUGCCUGUAUGGCUGGUUAUACUGGUGAUCAAUGUGAAACAGAUACAGAUGAAUGCAGUUCUUAUCCAUGCCAAAAUGUUGGUACAUGCAGUGACAUAAUCAAUGGCUACUUAUGUGUUUGUAUGGAUGGUUACACUGGUGAUCAAUGUGAAACAGACAUAGAUGAAUGCAGUUCGUUUCCAUGCCAGAAUGUUGGAACAUGUAGUGACACAGUCAAUGGUUAUUCAUGCGCUUGUAUUGUUGGACGUACUGGUGAUCAAUGUGAAACAGACAUAGAUGAGUGCAGUUCAUACCCAUGCCAGAACAAUGGUACAUGCAAUGACAUGAUCAAUGGUUAUUUAUGUACGUGCAUGGCUGCAUAUACUGGUAAUCAAUGUGAAACAGACGUAGGUGAGUGCGUUUCAUAUCCAUGCCAAAAUGGUGGCAUGUGCAGUGGCAUAAUCAGCGGCUACGUAUGUACUUGCAUGGAUGGUUACACUGGUGAUCACUGUGAAACAAACGUAGAUGAGUGCAGUUCAUAUCCAUGCCAGAACAAUGGGACGUGUAGUGACAUGGUCAAUGGUUAUUCAUGUGCCUGUAUGGCUGGUUAUACUGGUGAUCAAUGUGAUACAGGGAUAGAUGAGUGUAGUUCAUAUCCUUGCCAGAACGAUGGGACAUGCAGAGACAUGAUCAAUGGUUACUUAUGCGUUUGUAUGGCUGGUUAUACUGGUGAUCGAUGUGAAUCAGACAUAGAAGAGUGUAGUUCAUAUCCAUGCCAAAAUAAUGGCACAUGUAGUGACAUGAUCAAUGGUUAUUCAUGUGCUUGUUUAGCUGGUUAUACUGGUGAUCAAUGUGAAACAGAUUCAGAUGAAUGCAAUUCUUAUCCAUGCCAAAAUGCUGGUACAUGCAGUGACAUAAUCAAUGGCUACUUAUGUGUGUGUAUGGAUGGUUACACUGGUGAUCAUUGUGAAACAGACAUAGAUGAAUGCAGUUCGUUUCCAUGCCAGAAUGUUGGAACAUGUAGUGACACAGUCAAUGGUUAUUCAUGUGCUUGUAUUGUUGGACGUACUGGUGAUCAAUGUGAAACAGACAUAGAUGAGUGCAGUUCAUACCCAUGCCAGAACAAUGGUACAUGCAAUGACAUGAUCAAUGGUUAUUUAUGUACUUGCAUGGCUGCAUAUGCUGGUAAUCAAUGUGAAAAAGAUGUAGGUGAGUGCAUUUCAUAUCCCUGCCAAAAUGGUGGCACAUGCAGUAACAUAAUCAAUGGCUACUUAUGCGUUUGCAUGGAUGGUUACACUGGUGAUCACUGUGAAACAGACAUUGAUGAAUGCAGUUCGUUUCCGUGCCAGAACAAUGGGACGUGUAGUGACAUCACCAAUGGUUAUUCGUGUAAUUGUGUAGUCGACUAUACUGGUGAUCGAUGUGAAACAUACAUAGAUGAGUGCAGUUCAUUUCCAUGCCAGAACUUUGGAACGUGUAGUGACAUGAUCAAUGGUUAUUUGUGUGUUUGUAUGACUGGUUAUAGCGGUGAUCAAUGUGAAUCAGACGUAGAUGAGUGCAGUUCAUGUCCAUGCCAGAACAAUGGGACAUGCAAUGACAUGAUCAAUGGUUAUUCAUGUGCUUGUAUGGCUGGUUAUAGUGGUGACAACUGUGAAACAGACAUGGAUGAGUGCGCUUCAUAUCCAUGCCAUAAUCAAGGAACUUGUAGUGAUAUGGUAGAUGGAUACACAUGCCAGUGUUUUGAAGGGUAUACAGGGAUGAAGUGUGAGAAACAACUGGAUGACUGCAAUUUGAAUCGUUUAUACUCUUUUGGCUUAAGUGAAGGAAACAAGUCACUGUAUCGUUAUCUUGAUGGUGUGUCUUCUCCUAUUUCAAUAGAAGUAGGAUUUCCUUUUUUUGAUAAUGUGUAUUCUACUGCUUACGUUGGAACCAAUGGAAUUGUUUCUUUUGGGAGACCAUUCUACUUUUGGUGGCCUCAUUAUUUUCCUGGAUACAGUUGGAUAAGACGACAAAGUGUAGUUGCACCAUUCUGGGCUGAUGUUGAUAUUCGGAAUGAAGGCAAUGUCUGGUAUAAUGUUUAUACAAAUAAAGAUGACUCUGCUGUCAAGAUGGCCAAUAGUGAUAUUCGAACACUCUUAAAAGGUUAUGAAUCAUUUGAAGCUCAAUGGGUUCUUGUUUCCACAUGGGACAAAGUUCCUAAUUAUCCUGAUGGUUGUAAUUCAUACUACUACUGGUGGUGGUGUUACAGAGAUCAGUACACAGGUUUGAGAAAUACAUUUCAGGCUGUGUUGGCCACUGAUGGUCUUAGCUCGUUUGCAAUAUUUAACUACAAUUGCCAUGAUUUGCAAUGGUCUGGGAGAUGGUCAAAAGGUGUUGUUGGGUACAAUUCUGAAGGAGGGACAUACUAUGAGAAUCACAGACUGUCCCAAUAUGAUCAGGUGACAAUGAUUGAUCAUGACGUUUCAGCAUCAAAUGUAGGCAAACAAGGGAAACUUGUCUACGCUUUGCACCUUGACCCUUCAAUUAUUGCAGUAGCUAGACGCAAUUGCUUAGUGUGGUUUGAAGAGGAUCAAGCAAGAGACGAUUUGUCUUGGACUGCAGAUCUUGACCCUUGUCCUUGUAGUUGGUGGCAAGCUUGGUGGGACAGACGGUUUAGAUUUGAUUGGUUCUCUUUCUGUGCUUACUCAACUUUCCCAUCAGACAGUGGCAGCAGACAACAGUGCUGCUAUUCAACAGAUUGGUUUUCAUGGGGUGGUCUUUUGGUUGGACCUCGUUAUGGAGGCUCGGCACAACGAUACGAUCCAUCAAUAUAUUAUUCAUUACAUUACCAGCUUGAUGAUAAGCCACGUAGAGAUUGUUGCCGUGUUGGCAAUUUAUGCCAUUUGUACUACCAGAGAAGACCAUCUCAUGACUGCACAGGUUAUGUACCACAAAGGAGAGCCUGGUUCUGGGGCGACCCGCACAUUACCACACUGGAUGGUAAACAGUAUACUUUCAAUGGUUGGGGAGAAUUCAUCACCAUGAAAACUGUCAAUGACACUUUUGUACUAAUGGGACGAACAAAGCCUGCUAAUGGAUCGAGUGCGACUGUAUUCUCAGCGUUUUCUAUGGCCGAGUUUUAUCCUUCUAGUGGAUUUGAAAAUCAAACUGCAAAGUCAGAUAUUGUACAUGUGGAGCUCUCUGACAACAACUCGUUAGUUGUCAAGUAUCGCUCUGUGGCAUCUAACAACCGGUCAGAUUGGCAAGACAUCAGCAGCAAUGUUACAGAACUAGACAAUUCAACUAGUUUAGAUCUUCACAUGGUGUCAAUUUCCAGACCGACAACAAAAUCUCUUACAUCAACGUUCCCACUUGGUAUAUCAGUGACUGUAGAAGCAAAAAAGGGAUUGUUGUCUGUAGUGUUUGCUGGCCCUGAUCAGCAGCGUGGUGAAACUCGAGGACUGUUGGGAGUUUGGAAUGGAAACAAGGAAGAUGACUUUGUAUUUAGAAAUGGAACCAUUCUUUCUGCUAAUGCUACAGACAGAGAAAUACAUCGGUUUGGACAAGACUGGCAAGUAACCUUACAGGAGAGUUUAUUUUACUACAAGAUGAGUGAAAAUGUGUCAACUUUUUCGUAUCCUGAUCAUAUGCCAGUUUUCCCAGAUGAGAUUCCUACCAGCACUUUUACACAGGAACAAAUUGAUCUUUGUGGUGUUGGCAAUACAGCAUGUCUCUACGACUUCCUACAGACAGGAGAUCCUGAUAUUGCGGGAGAGACCAAGCAGACAGAUGAGGAAAACAAAGCUCUUUCUCAGAAUUUAGUGAACAACCCUCCAAAGAUGUUUGGGAAUGCAACAUUUCGUGUUCAUAUCAACACUUCUGCUACUUAUUUGUUUACUGUAUCUGAUCCAAAUGAUACAUAUGUUGUAAAUCUCAGAGGAAGUCUACCUCCUUCUUCUGACUAUUCUUUAUCUCGCAAUGGGGAUGCAUACAACUUUACUUGGACACCAACAUCUUUGUCUCCUGUUCAGCUCCUCUUUAUUGCAAAUGACUCACUUGAAUCAACAACUAUUCUUCAUCCAGAGGUUCGCAUCUGUGGCUGUGCACUCAACUUGAAUGCUACUUGUAUUGAAUCGAGUAAGGAUGGUGGAGACAAUUUGUUUAUCGUACAAGACUGCAAAUGUGGAUCUGGAUGGGAAGGACAGUUCUGUGAUCAGGACAUUGAUGGAUGCGAGGAAAUUAAUUGCUUUGAAGGCGUGGAGUGUUAUGACAAUGUUGCACCACUGACUGGUGCCAAAUGUGGACCAUGUCCAAGUGGCACUCAAGUUAGUGAUGGCAAAUGUGUUGAUAUCAAUGAAUGCAAUUCAACAGACAUUUCUAAUGGUGGAUGUGAACAUAAAUGUGUGAAUCAUUUGUUCAGCUUCAAAUGCGAAUGCAACUCUGGUUUUCGUCUGAAUCAAGACAAGAAAUCAUGCUUAGACAUAGACGAAUGUGAAGAGUUAGAUUUUUGUCACCAAACUUGCAACAACACAGAAGGCUCUUUCUUUUGUGGUUGUGAAAGUGGAUUUACACUGAAUAGUGAUGAUAGCAGAACAUGUGAAGCUGACAAUGUUUGUAGCAAACCAAACAGUUGCAUACAAGAUUGUGCUGUAAUUAAAGGUGAAACUGUAUGCUUUUGUAAGCAAGGAUAUCGGGUAGAGAAUUUGGUGAUGUGUGAUGAUAUAGAUGAAUGUUUGGAGAAUAAAAACGAUUGUGAUCAAGUGUGUGUCAAUAACAAUGGCUCAUUCAGUUGCAAGUGUUCUGUAGGAUAUCGCCUUCAACUAGACGGAAAGUCUUGUCAAGACAUUAAUGAAUGUGUUGAAAGUACCCAGUCUUGCAAUAUUACUGGUCAACAGUGUGUAAAUAUGGCAGGAAGCUAUAAGUGUGAGUGUCCUGGUGGCACAAUUCUUGUCAAUAAUAGCUGUCAAGUUGAAUUAUCAACUCCUACUGUAGUGACAAUGGCUGCAUCUUCCUCUCAACUGUCAGUUACGGCAAAAGCACGUUCAAUCACUGCAACUGCAACCACACCUACCACUGCACUAGAAUUUAUUGCUAUGGUAGUUGCCAAUAUGACAUUGUCAGAGUUCAAUGCUUCUGAGUCAAACUUUACAAGAGCUGUGGCUGAAGUUCUAUCCAGUUACUGUAGCGUCAAUGUAGCAGAACAUUGUCCACAACAGGCUUUCAGGAGAAAGCGUGCAGCACUAGCUAUAGAUCCAACAGAUGUGAUUAUUGUGAGACCAGUUCGUGUGGUGGGAUCUAAUCUUCAGAUUGUGUUUUAUGUUCGAGCACAUAUUUCAGUUGAUACUGCAGUGCAGGCUCUUAACUCAGCAAGAGGGCAGCAACAGUUGAGAGAUUCAGGAUUUACAGUGAUUUCUGUCAUUCGUUCUACCUCUACCACAACCACAACAUCUGUAACUCCUACUAAUCAUGGAAAGUCUGCUGAUUCUGGACUUGCUAUUGGUCAGUUGACUGCCAUUAUUGCUGCUUGUGGGAGUAUGGCCCUUCUUGUCACCAUUGCUAUUACAUUAUGGUGCUAUAAAUGUGGUAGACGAUCUUCUAAAGUGAUUCCACGUAGUGAUGAUGAUGAUGAUGGUACGGAAAGAGUGCAACUAAAAGUAGUGACCAAGUACUUUGACGGAGAUCCUAACAAGACCACAUCUCUUCCACCAGUUGGCUAACCUAGCUAAUGAUGAAUCUUCUACUGUAGUACAUUGUACCUACACUAAAUUAUAGUUGUGAUGUCUUUCAG